AGCCAUAUUGUGCGCACGCGGGACUCAGCUGUGCACGCAUGGCCGCGGCGCCACCCCACCCGCCAGCUGCAGCGCCGGUGCAGACGGCUAGCGUGGGCGCGCUCACGGCGCACUAUGAGCAAGAGAACCAGGCGCUGAGGGAGCAGGCCUGGCACCUGCGGCAGUGGCUCGAGCACAAGGAGCAGCAGGUGGCUCAGUACACCCAGCUGCUCGCCGCCAGCUGCCACGAGGGCGACUUCAUCGCAGGGCGGAUCGCGGCAGUGCUGCAGGCGCAGGCGCAGGCCGACGCCAGGGUGGCACCAUCCUGAGUCUGCAGCAGAUGACACCAGGC